GUCUUACUUUUACUCCCCAAGACAUCUUGGCAUGGUUUCCAUUGCGCCGGUGCCUUUGCCUCGGGUAGUGUGCCGCGCCCCGGCCCCGCGGCUCGCGGGGCGCGAGGCACGGCGCGGUGCCACGCCGCGCGGUGCCACGGCACGGCGGCGGGACGAGGGUCCCAGACCUGCGCGGCUGCGGGACUUGGCAACGGUUGGCGCUCUCUCCCGUGCGCUGACUCCGAAGAGGCACAGGGGAAGGUGGCGCACGUGGGCAAGGCGGCUGGUGUGGCCUCUCACCAUUGGCGGAAGCCUUUUCUUGUGCCAGAAGGCAGCCGUCGCAGGUACCUUGGUGGCUCAUGCCGGCUCGGUCUCCUGGUUCCAGGCCAUCUUUCCGAUGAGCGAUGUGCUCUUGCUGCUGUUCGCCACCACCCUGGCGGUUCCACUCAUGGCGCGGCUACGCACUUCGCCCAUCGUGGGGUUCCUGCUCAUUGGCCUCGUUUUGGGCCCGACAGGCUUCAACCUGAUCAGUCACGUUGACGUGAGCCACCGGAUCGCAGAGUUUGGGAUCAUUUUCUUCCUCUUCGAGACGGGGCUCGAGCUGUCCGUGCGGAAGGUGAUUGCCAUGCGGAAUGAUGUCUUUGGUCUGGGCAUGGCCCAAUUCUUCCUCACGGGCGGCAUCAUCGCAGCCUCCGCGCGUUGGCUCUGCCCGAGGCUCCACCUGGGCGGAUGCAUUUUGAUGGGAGGCGGCUUAUCCUUGUCGAGCUCCGCCUUUGCGUUGCAACUGUUGCGAGACAAGCGUCAGCUGGGAACUCGCUUUGGGCGAGCGUCUUUGGGCGUGUUGCUCUUUCAGGAUAUGGCGGUGGUGCCUCUCUUGGUCUUGGCGCCUCUGUUGUCCAGCCACAUCUCUUCCAACUUCACGGUCGUCCUCUCGGAAGCCUUUGGCAAGGCUCUAUUGGCCUUGGGCAUCAUCGCGUUCACCGGCCACUUCAUCUUGCAGCCGCUCUUGGCCUACGUGAAGCGUUCCAACUCCUCCGAGGCCUUCCUGGCCGUGACGCUGGGCACGGUGCUCCUGUCCUCCAGCCUCACCCAGGCCCUCGGGCUGUCCGAGACACUGGGCGCCUUCGUCGGGGGCGUGCUGGUGGCGGAAACGGACUACAAGCAUCAGAUCGAGGCGGACAUCGCACCCUUUCGCGGGAUGCUGCUGGGCCUCUUCUUUGUCACCGUGGGCUUUUCCUUCGAUGUGCAGCUGAUCGCCAAUCAUUGGCUCACGGUGAUCCCGUUGCUCUUGGUGUUGCUCCUGGUCAAGACCUUGGUGGUGGUGGCGUUGAGCCGGCCCAGCAAGCUCUCCUUGGCCGCAUCCAUCCAGGCCUCGGCCCUGCUGGCACCGGGCGGCGAGUUCGCGCUGGUGCUCUUCCGCCUGGCCGAGCAGGUGGGAGUCUUGGACCCCCGCACGGUGAAUGUGCUCGUGACGACUACGGUCCUCUCCAUGUCGUUGACGCCUUUGCUCGCCACCUUCUCCGACGUUGGGGCACGGAGGCUCCGCGAGCGGCGAGGUCUCAAGACCGUGGAAGGGACCGAUGAGAUCGGCGCCGGAUGCUUGAAUCGACUCUCCAAAGACGACCGGGGCUUCGUCGUGAUCUGCGGCUACAACGUGGUAGGUCGCACCAUUUGUCGCCUCCUCGACAGCGAGGGCGAGGCCCAGUACGUUGUCUUCGAAGAUGACGUGAAGACAGCCCAGGAGGUGUGUUUGGGGGGAUUGGUUCUCCGGCACCGGCAGGGGCACCCUGUGCCUGAUCUCCUGAUGGGGAUCGGAUCGUCAAGGGCUGACGGUGUCCCUGUACCAAUCGGAUUUCUCUGCUCAAUUUCGGGGGUCUCCCAAACUUUCCCCACAGAAAGCAUCAAGACAAACACACCAUGGGGAAGGUGAACUGUG